AUGGCCAGCAAUGGCAUGGCGUCCUCACCCUCGCCCUUGUUCCCUCCAAACUUCCUCCUCCAAAUGCAGCAGACACCCUCCGAUCAUGACCCCCAAGAACAGCACCACCAUCACCACCACCACCACCAUGAGCACCACCUCCCUGCGGCUCCUCCCCUUCAUCGUCCUCACCACAACCCGUUCCUCCCCUCCUCUCAAUGCCCCUCCCUGCAAGACUUCCGAGGUAUAGCAACAAUGCUGGGGAAGCGUCCGAUGUACGGCGUGGACGUCGUCGUCGGAGGCGACGAGGUGAACGGCGGCGGCGCGAAUGAGGACGAGCUGUCGGACGACGGCUCCCAGGCCGGGGAGAAGAAGCGUCGCCUGAACGUGGAGCAGGUGCGGACGCUGGAGAAGAACUUCGAGCUCGGGAACAAGCUGGAGCCGGAGCGGAAGCUGCAGCUGGCGCGUGCCCUUGGCCUGCAGCCGCGGCAGGUGGCCAUCUGGUUCCAGAACCGGCGCGCGCGGUGGAAGACGAAGCAGCUGGAGAAGGACUACGACGCGCUGAAGCGCCAGCUCGACGCCGUCAAGGCCAACAACGACGCCCUCCUCUCCCACAACAAGAAGCUCCAGGCCGAGAUAGUGGCGCUGAAGGGCGGCAGGGAGGCAGGGUCGUCGGAGCUGAUCAACCUCAACAAGGAGACGGAGGCGUCCUGCAGCAACCGCAGCGAGAACAGCUCCGAGAUCAACCUCGACAUCUCGCGCACGCCGGCGUCCGACGGCUCCAUGGACCCUCCGCCGCCGAUGCACCAGCACCAGCACCACCGCGCCGCGGGUGCCGGCGCCGGCGCCUGCGGCUUGAUCCCUUUCUACCCUUCCAUCGGCGGCCGACCUACUGCUGCCGCUGCUGCUGGCGUGGACAUCGAUCAGCUCCUGCACACCUCCGGCCCCAAGCUGGAGCCGCACGGAAACGGCGGCGGCGUCCAGGGCGCCGUGGAAACCGCCAGCUUCGGCAACCUCCUGUGCGGCGUCGACGAGCCGCCGCCGUUCUGGCCGUGGGCCGACCACCAGCACUUCCAUUGA